AUGCCUUACGUCGAAGAACGAACAAACAAAACGAAGUCGUUCGACGGCAACUUCCAUAACGCUCAUGGCUCCAUGUUCGGCAGAAAGCCCGGGAGCAUAUGGCGAGACCAUAAUUCCCAGAUACGUGUGCAAGAUACACCGGAAAACAGGACGUACCACGUGCAAGGGCCGUCGUCGGAUGAAGGGAGCAGACGUUGGACACAAGUGGAAUGCCACAAUCCACAUCGCCGCACGCCGAAUUACCGAUCUGUGAGCACGCCCAGGGGUGGAUAUACCAGCAGCGUAUGGUCCGACGAUGCUCCCCGUUCAUACCACGCGGUCGGAAGCUCGAAUGCUUCCGUGACGCGCAAGCAUGAUUGGAUUGUUUCGAGCACCGCAUCAAGUCACAACACACGCAAUCGCUAUGGGAAGCCGCACAGCUACACAUAUACGCAGCCGCACGAGAGGAAUGAGGGUAAAUUCGUAGGUGAGGACCCCUUCGCCUCGGACGACGAGGGCUACCCGCCGACCUCAACCCACGAAAGGAGACGUUACGUUUCACCAAAUAAGAAGCCUGCCAUAUCGGCAAGCUCCGACGGGUGCUUCACGAGCAGAGACUUUGCUACGUGGGCCUCUAACGAUGAAGCCGGGGAGAGUCAGUCCACGCACCUUUCGAACUCACACCAUUCCACUCCGCGCAGAACCAAGCGCACCAACAGAAAAGCGCAGGAAGAGACGACGAGUAUAUCAGCGCAGAUCAAGCUGGGAUUCCAGAAGGUUAAGGCGUUCGUGAGCAACGCAUUUCAGAAACUGAAGGAGCGCAUCACCCCUAUCUGCGCCGGACGUCGCUGGAGACCGCGCAGCAGUAGCGGUACCGACUCCAAGGCGCCGAUCAGCAACGAGGCGCUGCUGAAGUGUGACACCUACAGCCAUUCCUUUGAGUUCGGCCGCUGA